UUUUUUUUUUUGAAUAUGAGUAUAAAGCAUAUAACACCUUUAUUUGAAUUAAAAGGUCAUCAUGGGCCUAUUAUUACUGUUGAUUAUGCGGAUACAUCAUUUCUAGGGAACCAUAUAUUAGCCACAGGCUCAGAUGAUAAUACUUGUAGAAUAUGGGAUCUCAAUUCAAAAAGAGUCAUCAAAGGAAUUAAAAACUUAAAUGAGCCAGUUACUAGCGUAAAGUUUGCAAAGAAAUCAAGUUUACCAUUUUUAUAUCUUUCCUCAGGCAGAAAUAUACAUACAUAUGAUUUAAGAGCUGAAGGGAUUAUUCUAACAGAACCAGCACAGAGUUAUCAAUUUAGUAAAGAUGAAAUUAAUAGUAUUGAUAUCAAUGAUAACAAUACAUUUUUGGCCUCUGUCGAUGACGAAGGAGUAUUGAAUAUAAUUGAUCUUGGCAGCCAUAAAAUUUAUAAAAAAACCACAAAAAAGCAUAGCAAUAUUUGCAUGUCGGUCAAGUUUAGAGCAAGGAAACCAUGGGAAGUUUGGUCUGGUGGAAUGGACAGUCAAGUUUACGAAUGGGAUUUCUCUCGUGGGUCACCAACUCAUAUUUAUAACAUGACUCCAAAAGAACCAUCAUCGACUCAAAUGUUCAACCCACCCUUUGUAUAUGCACUUGAUAUCUCUCCAGACGGUGAAUGGAUUGCGGCUGGUCUAGGUGAUACAACUAUUCAAUUACUGUCCCCACCAAAUAAGAAACAAAAAAAAUAUAAUUUGCAGGAAAUUAGACUUGAAAAUGGGCAUAAUGCCAUGGUGAAUUGCCUAUCGUUUUUGACAAACUCAAAUAAGGAACUUCGUCUUCUUACAGGUUCAAGUAAUAGCCGAAUUACUGUUUGGAAUCCUACUAGUACAGAUAAAAAUCAAGCCAUCUUAAAUAUGUAUCAAUUGGAUAAUUCAAUUGGCAAAUUAAAUGCCUUUAAAGCCUAUGAGUUGGAUCAUCAAAUACAUAUUGCAGCUGCGGGUACAAGUAAUUCAAGCAAUUCAGGCACAUUCAAUAUUUAUCAAUUAUGCUAAAAGCCACCACAUUCAAAAACUAAAUAUCGGUCACAAUAACCAAAAUAAGAAAUUGUGACUACUAGAUGGGAUUUUUUUUUUUUGGAAGUCUACAACAGAGCUUAUUCAUUUUUUUUUUUUUUUUUUUU